ACAGGCCAGUGAUGUCCAUUCUGGAGUGAAAAUAUUGAGAUACGAGCCCACUACGUACAAUUAUUACCAGAGUUGCACUGUACGCAUACGGAAGUUGCGCGUAAAAAAAAGUUGGUCACGCUUCUUUUAUCGCGGCCUGUUUAUGGGCUACAUUGGUUCACCGCUCAUGGAGCAGAAUGAUCGCGUCAAGUCUUUACCCCAUGCACCCCACAGUACCGGUUUACGGACGGCAGGCCUCAAUCAAGACAUGCUGAAUCACUCGAAUUCGACCAGACCAAGCCCAAUAGUUCGGUUGUCAUG